GAAUCAUAUAAUGCCUCUAGUGACCACUAUUGUAUAUGCCAUUUCACUCUGAAUUUCUCUCUUUUAAGUCUUUUACUUUACUUACAACUAGGCCUAUAAUCUCUCAUGGAAUUGGACAGGGAUAUCAACAUCGAGAAUGAUGCUUCUCGUAGUUAUUACAACUUGCUCAGCUCUUCUUCCGUCGUCUCUACCACCGUCACCUCCUCUUCUUCUUCCUCCUCCUCUUCCGCUUCCACAACGUUAUCGUGUGUAGCUGAUAGAAGGUCAAAGAAAGCUGGAGACAUGGAAAAUGAUAAGGAGAAAAAGAAAAGACAAAGGAGUGGUGGUAAUGAUGAUGGCAAGCAUGCGACAUACCGUGGGGUGCGCAUGCGAAGCUGGGGUAAAUGGGUGUCUGAAAUUCGAGAACCGAGGAAGAAAUCGAGGAUAUGGCUUGGGACAUACCCGACAGCCGAAAUGGCUGCUCGUGCUCAUGAUGUAGCUGCACUCGCCAUUAAGGGAAGCUCGGCUUACCUUAAUUUCCCUGAACUUGAAAAGGAGCUCCCACGCCCUGCCAGUACGACUCCCAAGGAUAUCCAAGCAGCCGCGUCUGAAGCAGCCGCCGCGACAUUCUUCGAGACCAAAACUGAAGCCGGCCUAAGACAAGAACAACUUCCUGUUUCGCAUUUAUCCAACAACGUACUCGAGUCAUCAAGUUCACCCUCCAUUAACGACGACGAUUCGUUGUUUGAUCUGCCCGAUCUCAUGACCGAUGCCAUGGACCGAAGCGACGGGUUCUGCUCUUAUUCUUCAUCAGCAUGGCAAAUAUGUGAAGUCGAUUCUGGGUUCCGGAUCGAGGAGCCAUUCUCCUGGGAUUAUUACUAGCAAGAUCACAUUCACACCAUCUCAGUAAAUGUAAUCAUUUCGUGGUCAAAAUCUCUAACUUCGAAAAUCAUUCAUCUCUCCACACAAAAUAUUCCAGCUCGCUUUUCAAUUGUCAAGUUCGUGUCUUUUCCACUUUAGUUCUCAUAGAGUUAAAAAAAGGUUAAAUCUUCUCUGUAAUAUAUAUGAAAUUAAUUGUA